CGGGAAGGGAGCCCGGGCUCUCCCGGCUCCGCCCUGGGCGCGAGUUGGGGGCGGGGGGCGUUGGGGAAGGGGACGACGUGUGCCCCGCUGAACUGUCGCGCUUGGACUCAGGCACGUGACUGGUUCCAGCAACAGCCCGCUCCCGUGACCCGCUCUGCCCGCGUUCCUGCCCUGUGCCAGGUCUCUGGCUCCCCUGAACCGUGCCCGCGGGCCCGUCGGUAAGGCAGCACUCACCCCAUCAGCCUGCUCGGGCCAGCGGGGACCGUCCGGGCCAUCGGAGCUCGGCCAGAGUAGUGUCCCAGGACACAUCACACCAUUGCCCCAUGAUGCCUUCAUCUGCCCAUGAAUGAGGGAUGAGGAAUCGGGGAGGAUCACCAUGUGCUUACAACUCUCCAAAUGGAGAAACCAAGAGCUACUCCCAGGAAUUCUCCUUAGAAGAAAGACUUGCACAUCCCAAGGAGUAUAAGCCGUGCGGACAGGAGAUGGUGUCACGGGCACCACUUGUCACAGUAGAGCUCCAGCGAGAUGGAGAACUACAAACUCCAUAUCCCACACUCUUUGCAGCUAGGGAUCCACGUGGGACCUGGGCUCUAUCAAGCGGGCACACCCUAUAGAACUUGCAAGAAGGAAGAGAACUCCAUCAGGUAGCACUUAAUUAUCUAUACAAGCCAAUGUACAGCAGGGAGCCUUCGGAAAGCCCUAUUUACACCUCCUGCUCAAGCUGGCUGGGAGUGCUCACCAUGGGAGGCGAGCGGACUUGCCCACUGACAAGUCCUUGAGACAGGCAGAGUGGCAUUCCUUUAGGAGCUCAGCUGCCCGGAUGAUGACACUUGGCUAAGGGCAAAAGGCAACCUUCGCCCGAUCCCUCAGGAUACUGACUUCCAUAAUCGUACAAACCUAACACGAAGUAAAACUGCGCCUCUCCGGGGCGAGACUACAACUUCCAGGGUUCCGCGGAUUGAAGGCUUGGGCUGUUCUCGGAGGCAAACUACAAUUCCCAGAAUUCCGUUAACCAAGGGGUGGUUCUGGCCUAGGGUCCGAGCAGCUGAGCUCGCGAGCCUGCGCACGUGCACUGGCUGCCGCGCCGGGCUCGCCAGCCAAGCAGGCGCAAGGCAGGCACCCGCGAGCCCCAGCGGCGGCGGUGGGGUGGGUGCCGCGGGACCUGCCCUCCAUGCCUGGUUUUCCCGGGCUCGGGGCGGGGUCAGGAGGCGGCAGCGGCGGCUGAUUCAGCCAAAGCCGACUACGCGGAGGGCCCACCGGGACGCUUCAACGCCACGGAGCCCCGCCUGCGGGCUGCAGACCAGGACAUGAAGGCUUAAGAAUUGGCCCAGGCAGACGCAGAAGGACAAAUACUACAUGAUACCACAUGAUCCCCUCUGUUCCAAGAAGCACUGGAGGAAGGUGUCAAAGAUGCCACCACGCCUGCAGACACAGAGCUGGGCAGCUGGUUGAGGAAGUUGAGGCUUGAGGCGUUAAUCUGCCAAGAUCAUAAAACCAGCUCACACCUAGGAUCUAAAGGAAGGCUUUUGCCGACCGUCAGCGUGCCCGCAGAGAUGGGUCGAGCCCGCCAGGCCUGUGGCACUCCCCGGGGGCUGUCCUGUCACUAGGGCCCCGUGGUGGCAUUAGGAUGCACCUGUCGGCGGUGUUCAACGCCCUCCUGGUGUCCGUGCUGGCAGCGGUCCUGUGGAAGCACGUGCGGCUGCGUGAGCAUGCGGCCGCUCUGGAGGAGGAGCUGGCCCUCGGCCGCCAGGCCCCAGAGCCGGGCCCCGCGCUGAGGAUCGACUACCCCAGGGCGCUGCAGACCCUGAUGGAGGGCGGCACACACAUGGUGUGCACGGGCCGCACGCACACUGACCGCCUCUGCCGCUUCGAGUGGCUGUGUUACUCCAGCGAGGCCGAGGAGUUCAUCUUCUUCCACGGCAACGCGUCCGUCAUGCUGCCCAACCUGGGCUCCCGGCGCUUCCAGCCGGCCCUGCUCGACCUGUCCACCGUGGAGGACCACAACACCCAGUACUUCAACUUCGUGGAGCUGCCGGCCGCCGCCCUGCGCUUCAUGCCGAAGCCCGUGUUCGUGCCCGACGUGGCGCUCCUCGCCAACCGGUUCAACCCCGACAACCUCAUGCACGUCUUCCACGACGACCUGCUGCCUCUCUUCUACACCCUGAGGCAGUUCCCGGGCCUGGCCCACGAGGCCCGGCUCUUCUUCAUGGAGGGCUGGAGCGAGGGCGCACACUUUGAGCUCUACAAGCUCCUCAGCCCGAAGCAGCCACUCCUGCGGGCACAGCUCAAGACCCUGGGCCGGCUGCUGUGCUUCUCCCAUGCCUUCGUGGGUCUCUCCAAGGUCACCACGUGGUACCAGUAUGGCUUCGUCCAGCCCCAGGGCCCGAAGGCUAACGUCCUGGUCUCGGGCAACGAGAUCCGGCAGUUCGCACGGUUCAUGAUGGAAAAGCUGAACGUGAGCCGGGCAGGGGCUCCCCUAGGCGAAGACUACAUUCUGGUCUUCAGCCGUACCCAGAACAGACUCAUCCUGAACGAGGCAGAGCUGCUGCUGGCACUGGCCCAGGAGUUCCAGAUGAAGACGGUGACGGUGUCCCUGGAGGACCACGCCUUUGCAGAUGUCGUGCGGCUGGUCAGCAACGCCUCCAUGCUGGUCAGCAUGCACGGGGCCCAGCUGGUCACUGCCCUCUUCCUGCCCCGUGGGGCCACUGUGGUCGAGCUUUUCCCAUACGCUGUCAAUCCCGACCACUAUACGCCCUAUAAGACGCUGGCCACGCUGCCUGGCAUGGACCUCCAGUACGUAGCCUGGCGGAACAUGAUGCCAGAGAACACAGUCACGCACCCUGAACGGCCCUGGGACCAGGGGGGCAUCGCUCACCUAGACCGGGCGGAGCAGGCCCGUAUCCUGCAAAGCCGCGAGGUCCCGCGGCAUCUCUGUUGCCGGAACCCCGAGUGGCUCUUCCGAAUCUACCAGGACACCAAGGUGGACAUCCCAUCCCUCAUCCAGACCAUACGGCGCAUGGUAAAGGGCCGGCCGGGGCCACGGAAGCAGAAGUGGACUGUCGGCCUCUACCCAGGGAAAGUCCGGGAUGCGCGGUGCCAGGCGUCAGUGCAGGGCGCCUCCGAGGCGCGCCUCACCGUGUCCUGGCAGAUCCCGUGGAACCUCAAGUACCUGAAGGUGAGGGAGGUGAAGUACGAGGUGUGGCUCCAGGAGCAGGGCGAGAACACCUAUGUGCCUUACAUCCUGGCCCUGCAGAACCACACCUUCACCGAGAACAUCAAGCCUUUCACUACCUACUUGGUGUGGGUCCGCUGCAUCUUCAACAAGAUCCUCCUGGGACCCUUUGCAGAUGUGCUGGUGUGCAACACGUAGCGAGCGUGCCGUGGCCAGGCCUGGGUGGGGGCGUGGCUCCUCCAGCUCAGUGGCCCUGGGCCCACUAGCCCCGUGUGGUGGCUUCUGGGAAUUGUUUAUUUAUUGAGCAGGCCUGCCCCAGGCUUGUGCCCCCACGUCAUCUUACCACAUCCAGAGUGUGGGGUCCACAGUCCUCUUUGCCCUGGUACGAUGGGACCCUCCCAGCCCCCUUCUCCCAUCCUGAGCAUCCAGACCGUGGAGAAGGUCCUUAGCGGGAGGAGAAGGAAGAAGGAAAGUAAGAACCCUAAGGAGCCUCUGGCCGAGUAAUCGUGCCGUUCCCUACGGAAUCUUUCUGGUUGAUCUCCAGGUGUUUGGAAACUGUGAGUAGUAGAUCACGUGGUUGCUUGGGUGGGUGGUUCAUCAGCUUCCGUCAUCAUGAAAUUUGCCUGUAGCACAGUGAAGGUGUGUGUGGAACAUUCAUUAAAUGAUUAUAAACA